GGUCACGCUCCGGGUGAAGACCGAAAGGAAUUUGGAACGUACCAUUCCUCCAAUAAGCUUAAUUCUAUCAUUCUGACUUCCCAAUACUAGCGAAAAACUUUGGAAGGCCAUGUUCUCCGCAGUAGCGGCCCGUUUGGUGCCCAGGAGCAACAACCUGUUCGACAUGCAGGGGAAGUAUGUCCUCGUGGCAGGCGGCUCCAAAGGACUAGGAAGGGAAAUCUGCUUAGCACUGGUGGAAAGAGGAGCACAUGUGACAGCAAUUGCGCGCUCCUAUGAUGCCUUGGAGAGGAUUGCGAGAGACAUGGAAGCGGCUAAAGUGCACGAGCAACAGGUCCUAGGUAUCCAAAGCUUGGACCUUACAAACAGCGAAGAGGUGUCAAAAUUCGUCAACGGGUUCGAAAAGCACAUAUCCGCGCUCUUCUGCACCGCAGGCGGCACAGACGAGGAGGUUGGGUACUUUGCUGAUAUUUCUGCGACCUCUAUCCAAAGCUGCAUGGAAAAGAAUUAUCUCACUUCCGCAUACAUAACCCACGCUGUCAUGAAGGUAUGGAAGACCGAUCUUGAGCUUGAAGGAGGGCGCAGUCAUGCUCAGGAACCCCGUCAUAUUGUCUUCACUGCCUCUACGGCUGCGUUGGUGGCGGUCCCAGGAUACGCCGCGUACUCGCCAUCAAAAGCAGCAAUUAGAGCCUUGGCCGAUACUCUCAGACAGGAAAGUCUCAUGUACUCUCCCUCCGGGUCCAUACGAAUUCAUUGUAGCUUUCCAGGGACGAUCUAUACGGACAACUUCUACAGAGAACAAACCCGCAAGCCGGACCUGUGCAAAGAGCUCGAAGGUACAAUGAAUGAUGAGGGUGGACUAACAGCUCGAGAUGUCGCCCAACGAAUCCUCGCGGGGCUGGAUACCGGGUGCUACUUUAUCCCAACUGAUUUGCAGACCCGGUUACUCCUGAAUAACAUGCGAGGACCAAGUCCGCGGGACUCUCCCUUGUUGGACUGGUGCAUGGGCUUGAUUAUCUCGCUGGUCUGGCCACUUAUAGGCACGUAUUGGGACUGGAAGGUCGCAAGGCAUCAUCAGCGAUCGCAAUAGAAUGGACUGCCAUAAAGCCUUGAAUGCUGGAUGUUUUCAUUUAUGCCCUCGGCCCACUGCUGGGUAGCAUUGAAUUUGCUAAUACUUCACUACCUCGUGUAUUCUGUUCUAUGGAGUUGUUGUGAUCUCAUGCCUAAUUUGAGAAGACUAGUCUUUGACAUGAGGUCUGUUCUCUUGUCAAAUUUAUUUAUUCAAAUGGGU